UCAGCCUCUCCAUGUACAGCUGGUGGAAGGCCACCCUAUAGCAGCCUCUUGUUCACUUCAAAUCCAUUUGUGACGGUUUCCUGCCCUUCUCUGAAAAGAAUGCCACAGUUCACAGUGACGAACAUUUUCUCAGGAGACCACAUGAGCUCUGUGUGUUGGAUCCCAGCUCUGAUUCUUUUGUCUUUCUGAAGUGAGUAACCGCCGUCGUGAGUUUGAGCAUCAGCUGUUGUGUCCUUUCUGGUUGUGGGGGAGGUUGAUGGCGAGGUUCCAGUUGGUCCCCGUCAGAUUGAGCUGGACGGCACUUUUGGCUCUGGCCCACUUGACGUACCUGCUGGUGGGGGCGAUCGUCUUCCAGAUACUGGAGCGAGAGGCUGAGAGCAACAACCGAAACCACUUCCAGCUGGAGAAACUCUACUUCUUGGCUAAUUACACGUGUCUGGAUGGAGAAGCCUUGGAGAAAUUUGUUCAGGUGAUUUUACAUGCCUGGGAAACGGGAGUGAAUCCCUCAGGCAACUCAACGAAUCCCAGCAACUGGGAUUUUAGCAGCUCCUUCUUUUUUGCAGGAACAGUAGUCACAACCAUAGGCUAUGGUAACCUCUCCCCAAGCACUGUGUCUGGUCAAGUGUUCUGUGUGUUUUAUGCCCUCUGUGGGAUUCCACUGAACCUGGCGUUCCUCAAACAGCUGGGGAAGUGUCUCACCGUCCACCUCGGUCGACUCGAGAGGGGGAUGGUCUCAGUCGUUCCCCAUAAGCAAGCAGUCGAGGUCAUAGCGGUGGGUUUGUUCUUCAUCACUGGAAGCCUGCUGUUCCUGGUCGUCCCUCCUCUGCUGUUCAGUUACGCAGAAGGCUGGUCGUUUGGAGAGGGCUUCUAUUUCGCCUUCAUUACCCUCAGCACCAUUGGCUUUGGAGAUUAUGUGGUGGGAACCGACCCCCACAAGGACUACAUCUCUGUGUACCGCAGCCUGGCAGGGAUUUGGAUCAUCUUCGCCCUCGCCUGGCUCGCUCUCAUCUUCAGUGUGGGAGCCAGAAUAAUGGAGCAUGUGUUUCUCCUGACCCAUCCAGGCAUCAAGAAGCACGAGGAGGAAGAGAACGUGCCAUCCACUAAACUAGAAGACUCAUCCAAGAUCUGACGCUGGACUGUAGAUAGACAUCUACCAGUAAUACUGACUGGCUAGAAGAUAUUUUGUGGUUGUUUUCUGUACUUGCUGUAUUAAAAUGGCAGCAAAGUAACAUAAAUGGAUGGAGCAGCUAUUAGUUUGUUAGCAAAUACAGUUUUUGUAUGAUAUGUGUCCAUGUACAUACUGUAUAUUCAUUCUGUGAUUCUGAAAUUUGAAUAACAUUAAAGGCUUUUGUUUUCCAGUUCUACCUCAAUGAAGCCAAAGAGUUAGAAUCUUGAUAACAUGUUUAAUAAAGUCUUGUGUGGGGUAGGUAUUGUGUACUUUUUCCACUCUCCAAAAACUGUUGUGAACACUUGCUGUGAAUUGUGUUUUUUUGUACUCUUGUUUAUGUACUUUUAAUACUCAUCCUCAUAAUUAGAUGUUCAGACAGAAAUCACAGAUUUGCAUUAUUUCUUUUGUCACAUAUGGAUAUUGUGUGUGUUCAUGAGCCCGUUAUCUGAAACAAACACAGGAAUCAAGAUGUGUGAUGUGCUGGAAAAAAUGAGGAUCUCUUUGUCAUGUUUGUACUGCUUGUUUAAAACUGACAAAAUCCACACUUCAACAUUG